UAGUAGUCAGAAGUAGUCCUCUGCCAAAGCAUUGUGGUUCUCCGCCCACUUCCCUGCCCCUGCUUAAUGAAAGGAAGGGCAAGCCCAAUCUGUAGUCUCUGUCACGUGGUAUAGAACCUGAAAUCUCAGUCCCAGUAAGCCUCAGACAGGAGCAAUCUGGGAUGACUAAAAGCCACAUUGCUUAGAGGUCCCACCCUGGGAGUGUCGCAGAUCUUCUUUCUUACAAGUGGGUGGCAGUGCCAGGUUGCUGCUGCAGGCCCCAAGAAUCUCUUGUGAGGCCUCUGAGGAGAGCCAGUGAAGGUGUAUCUCAUCGCUGGCUCUGCUCCUCUGCGACUCAGCACACAGAAGAGCCAUGGGAACCCUUGAAGGACACUUGCUGCCAGGAGCAGGCUUCCUCGUGUUCGCGGUCUAUUAUUCGUUGCUAACAUCCUUGGCCCUGCUCCGGAAACAGACGGUGCUCAAGCACCCCUUAUUCCCAAGGAAGCUUCUGGGACACAGGCAGGUAUCCUAUGAAGCAGUGGCAAAGAUGGCUAUCCCCGCUUUGGGCGUUACUACUGAAUACUUCUAUCCCCCAGGGGUCAAUCGUCUGAAGAUGAUAGACUGGAAGGACCCUCGGCGGCCGUUUCUUUUCAAGGACAACUGGCAGCAUGUAACCAUGUACGGGUUCUUUAUUCUCAGUGGCGUAGUGGACAUUGUGAGCCAGGCAAAACCGGCACGUUGGAGUGUGAAGCUGGAGCGCGCAGCUGAAGCCUUGGCUUUCUAUGUGCUGGUACUGCUGAUGAUAACCCAUAUUGAGAACAAAAGCACCAUGGAGAUCCGAGUGCAUCUUCUGUUAAUGUUGCCUGCCUUCUUGCUAGCUCUGAUACUCACUGUGGAGGUCUGGGUCCCUGACAAUGCCCCACUCUGGAUCUUCAAGUGCUGGAUGGGGCUGGUGUUAAGUACCUGGAUGUUGCAAAUCUGUGAGAUGUAUAUACCUUUCAGUGGACAGCCCUGGGGGGCAGACAACCUUUUGGACCUGGCAUUUCUAACCAUUUUCUUCUGCUGGCACCUGGGCUUGGGGCUUGCCUUGCUGAUUACCAUCUAUGGCCUCUGCAGUCUAUGGCACCGUCACUAUUCUUCCUGGACAAAGACUCUUGGGGCUAGGUACCAGCGGUGCCCUAUGGAAUCCAGCCGUGAAGAAUUAGAAAAACUCAAUGCAGAAGCUGGGCCCCAGGAUGGAGGUGUGUAGGAACAGGAGCUGUCUUGAGUGUGUGUGCACAACCUGGAGUCCACAGCACAGCUUUCCAUCUUAGGAUCUAGCUUCCUUAUCCGCAAAUAAACCUUGUAGCUCCAAGGAUAACUUCUUAGUUAUCACUUUGUUCCAUUCAGGUCAGUUUCCCACCUGUUUCCUUAUCUAUAUGGUUCCUGGUCAUUUAUAUGGAAAGAACAAAAUGGUGCUUUUCUGUAAUAGCUUUUGGUAACUUUUCUUGUUUAAAAAUAAAAAAAAAAAAAAAGAAGAAGAAACUUAACCUGAAUUAAGUCUACUUCUGCCAUAGACUGAGAAAGUAAGGAGGAGGAAGAGGAGGCAGUUUAUCAAGGGUUCAAGUCAGGAGAGCAAAGAGACCUGGAUGGAAUUCUCAAAGGUGGUUGUAAUAAGGUGAUUAAAAUGUAAUUGUAGGGCCAGUGAGAUGCUCAGUGUGUAGAGGCACUGGCCGCAGCCUAAGGACACGAGCCUAUCCCUGGAACCCACAGUGUCGAAGGAAAGACUUAACUUUGAAUAUUGUCCUGUAACAAUUCUGUGGCACACAUACAGUAAAAAUAACAAGAUGUCAGAAACAUGUUUAAGCAAAUUUAAGGUCUAUGGGUAUAUUCCACAAGUAGAGUGUGUGCCUCCUGUGCCUGAGAACCUGGGUUCACUAGCCCUGCAAAAUAAAAAAAAGCAAGCAAA